CUGAAUGGCUUGCAUGUUGCAGGUGUAGCCGGUUUGUACUGCAACUAAUCCGGUCCGCCUCAGUGGGAAAUGUCAUUAAGAUGGAGGACUACCAUAAACCGGACCAGCAGACGGUGCAGGCGCUCAGGAACAUCGCCACCCGGCUCCGGAUCAACUCCAUUAAGGCGACAACUGCAGCGGGCAGCGGUCAUCCCACAUCAUGUUGCAGCGUGGCAGAGAUCAUGUCUGUGCUGUUCUUUCAUACCAUGAAGUACCGACCUGAAGACCCCCGUAACCCCAACAACGACCGCUUCAUCCUGUCCAAGGGCCAUGCGGCCCCCGUGCUGUACGCCGUGUGGGCGGAGACGGGUUACCUGAAGGAGAAUGAGCUCCUCAACCUCCGCAAGGUCGACUCCAUCCUGGAGGGACACCCUGUGCCGAAGCAGCAGUUUGUGGAUGUGGCCACUGGUUCUCUGGGUCAGGGGCUGGGAGCUGCCUGUGGAAUGGCCUACACUGGAAAAUACUUUGACAAGGCCAGCUAUCAGGUGUUCUGCCUGCUAGGUGAUGGAGAGCUGUCCGAGGGCUCGGUGUGGGAGGCCAUGGCCUUCGCCUCAUACUACCAACUAGACAACCUGGUGGCCAUUUUGGACAUCAACCGCCUGGGUCAGAGCGACCCGGCUCCACUCCAGCACCAUGUAGAGAAGUACCAGCGACGCUGUGAGGCCUUUGGCUGGCAUGCCAUCAUUGUGGAUGGCCACAGUGUGGAGGAGCUGUGUAAGGUGCUGAGUCAGCCCCGCCACCAGCCACUUGCCAUCAUCGCUAAGACUAUCAAGGGCAAGGGCAUCCCAGCGGCUGAGGAUAAGAUGGGCUGGCACGGGAAACCCCUGCCCAAAGACAUGGCCGACAGCGUGAUCAAGGAGAUGCAGAGCCGCAUCAUCAGCUGCAACAAGCGCCUGUACCCUGCUCCGCCCACUGAGGAUGCAUCACCUGUCAGCCUCCGCAACAUCCGCAUGCCAAGUGCACCCAGCUACAAAACUGGAGACAAGAUUGCUACGAGGAAGGCGUAUGGCAUGGCUCUGGCCAAGCUGGGCCGUUACAACGACCAAGUGGUGGCUCUAGAUGGGGACACCAAAAACUCCACCUUCUCUGAGCUCUUUAAGAACGAACACCCUAAUCGCUACGUGGAGUGCUACAUCGCAGAGCAGAACAUGGUGAGCGUGGCCAUAGGUUGUGCCGUGCGCGACCGUAACGUGGUGUUUGCCAGCACCUUCGCCACGUUCUUCAGCCGGGCCUUUGACCAGCUCCGCAUGGCCAGCAUCUCUGAGAGCAACAUCAACCUCUGCGGCUCCCACUGUGGUGUCUCUAUUGGUGAGGAUGGGCCCUCUCAGAUGGGUCUGGAGGAUCUGGCCAUGUUUAGAGCCAUUCCCACGGCAACCGUCUUCUACCCUAGUGACGGUGUCUCCACUGAGAAAGCUGUGGAGCUCGCCGCCAACACAAAGGGUUUGUGUUUCAUCCGAACGAGCCGCCCAGAGAACAACAUAAUUUACAACUGCAAUGAGGACUUCCAUGUUGGUCAGGCUAAGGUCGUGUUUAAAACCAAUGACGACCAUGUGACUGUGAUUGGAGCAGGAGUGACCCUCCACGAGGCUCUGGCUGCUGCUGAACAGCUGAAGAAAGAAAGAAUUAACAUCCGCGUGAUUGACCCGUUCACCAUCAAACCCCUGGACUCCAAGACCAUCAUCGACAACGCCAGGGCCACCAGAGGACGCAUCAUCACAGUGGAGGACCACUACUAUGAAGGUGGUCUAGGUGAGGCAGUGUGCUCGGCAGUAAUAAACGAGACCGGCUUCACCGUCCACCGCCUGGCGGUUUCCCAGGUGCCACGCAGCGGCAAGCCCCAGGAGCUGAUCCGUAUCUUUGGCAUCGACCGCGACGCCAUCACCCAGGCGGUCCGCAAGGUGCUCAGCAGCUCCGCCAACGCCAAGUAAGAACGCUGCAGCAGUGGCAGCCAGCGGCAACUAUAUGGUAAAGGACUCCGUGGUUCACUGGCGAUCACCAUGGAGACAACAAACAAAUAAACCAACACAGAAGGAGGGGAAGCCCUUCUAUCCCACUCAUGCUCUCCUUCUCAUUAAACAAAAAGCAUUCGUUUGGGAAAAGAAAAAAAAAAAAAAG